CAAAGAAAAGAACUGUGGAAGCAAACGGAGGGAGCAUCCAUAAAGGCCAAUGGUCGGAAAAGAGAAGUUAACUUCUUUGACUUAAGUGAGUAGGUGACAGGAGCUCUGCAAAGAUGGCAGAAGAAGAGGAAUAUGAUGAGGUUGUGGAGUACUACAUUGAAGAGGAGGUCAUUGAGGAUGGUGAACCAGGCGAGAUCAUUACUGAGAUCACUGAAACGACAUAUACCACUGGUUCCGCUCCAUAUACAGUAACCACAAAGCAUACCUCUGAAUCUACAAGGCAUGGUCAUGAAACGGUGGGUGUUCCUGACGAGGCCUCUCCUCCUGUCAGGAAAAAGGUGGUACGAAAAAAAGUGGACACAUCUAAGUUUCUGACGCCGUACCUGGAUCACAGUUCAAAAAUGAAAAAGCUCUUCAGUGACAAAAACUACAAAGCAAAGUAUGAGAAGCAGAAAGGAAGGCCAAGCUCCAUCACAACUGACACUCCUGAACAUCGAAGAAUCAAGAAAGUCCAAGACCAGCUCAGUGAGGUUAAAUAUCGCAUGGCUGGUGAUGCUGCUAAAACUGACUGUCACGUUGAUGGAAAAGCAAGAGACAUUGAACAUGCAAAGAAGGUGUCUCAGCAAGUCAGCAAGGUUUUAUAUAAACAGAAUUGGGAAGAGAAUAAGGAAAAGUACCUGCUUCCCCCUGAUGCUCCGGAGCUUGUGCAGGCAAUAAAAAAUACAGCCUUGUACAGCAAGAAACAAUACACUGAAGACUGGGAAGCCGACAAAUCACUGUUCUAUCCUUAUGACGACAGCCCAGAACUAAGGAGAGUAGCGAAGGCCCAAAAGUCCCUCAGUGAUAUUGUCUACAAAAAAGGGCAUGAUGAACGCAAAGCUAAAUACACUUCUCUGCCAGAUCCACCUGAUGUGGAACUUGCCAAGAAAGUAACCAGACAGCUCAGUGACCGUAACUACCAUGAAGACUAUAACAAGAAGAAGGGCAAAUGGAGCCAAACUCCAUGCUAUGAUGUUGCCGUUGCUAAAAUGAAUUCUGACAACUUGAGCAUGAGAAGAUACCAGGAAGAGUGGGAAAAUACGAAAGACCAAAUCUACUUUAUGCAAACAGAAACUCCAGAGUAUGCAGUUAAUAAGCGAGCCGGAACUGUUGCUAGUAAGGUGAAAUAUAAAGAAGAUUAUGAAAAAUCCAAAGCUUCUACUGAUUACAAUGUGCUUCCAGCAACGGAGAACCCACUGCUUAAGCACCUAAAAGCUUCUGGAAAUCUUGUGAAUGAUAGAUUAUAUAAGGCAGCAUAUGAAAAGGCAAAAGGAACCAGCAUUAACUACUGCGAAACUCCGAAGUAUCAGAUUGACAACGUCCUGAAAAACUUCAGCGAUGUUAAAUAUAAAGAGGGAUAUCUGAACGUCCUGGGCCGGUACAUAGGCAGUUAUGAGGACCCGUAUCGAGAACACUGUACAAAAAUUGAAGCUUUGAAGAGCAAUAAAAACUACAAAGCAGACUAUGAAGAUGAAAAGGCAAAAUGCUACUUUCCGCAGACCAUAACUCAAGAAUAUGAAGUCAUGAAGAAACUAGACCAGUGCAAAGAUAAUACCUACAAAAAGCAUCCUGAUAAGAUCAAAUUUACCCAAGUGGCAGACUCGCCUGUUUUGGUCCAAGCACAGAUCAAUUCCAAGCAGCUGAGCGAUCUGAACUACAAAGCCAAACACGAGGCUGAAAAAUUCAAAUGUUCCAUACCUCCAGAUGCCCCAUUUUUCCUCCAGUCCAGAGUCAAUGCAUAUAACGCCAGUGAUAAUUGGUAUAAAUAUGACUGGGAGCAAUUGAAAGCUAAGAAGUUUGACAUCAAGAUGGAUGCCAUUCCGAUUCUUGCUGCUAAAGCCAAUAGCAAAAUUGCGAGUGAUGUGGAGUAUAAGAAGGGGUAUGAACAGAGCAAAGGGAAGUUAAUUGGAGCUUUGAGUAUUGAGGACGAUCCCAAAAUGCUACUUUCUCGGAAAGUGGCCAGACAGCAGAGUGAUUUAUUAUAUAAGGAAGCAUAUGAAAAGUCAAAAGGAAGAAGCAUUAACUACUGUGAGACUCCAAAAUAUCAGGUCGACAACAUUCUGAAAAACUUCAGCGAGGUUAAAUAUAAAGAAGGGUAUCAGAACGUCUUGGGGCGGUACAUAGGCAGUUAUGAGGACCCGCAUCGAGAACACUGCAUGAAAAUUGAAGCUUUGAAGAGCAAUAAAAACUACAAAGCAGACUAUGAAGACGAAAAGGCAAAAUGCUACUUUCCGCAGACUAUAACUCAAGAAUAUGAAACUAUGAAGAAACUAGACCAGUGCAAAGAUUUUACCUACAGAAAGCAUCCCGAUAAGAUUAAAUUUACACAAGUAACAGACUCGCCCGUUUUGGUCCAAGCACAGAUUAAUUCCAAGCAGCUGAGUGAUCUGAACUACAAAGCCAAACACGAGGCUGAAAAAUUCAAAUGUUCCAUACCUCCAGAUGCCCCAUUUUUCCUCCAGUCCAGAGUCAAUGCAUAUAACGCCAGUGAUAAUUGGUAUAAGUAUGACUGGGAGCAAUCGAAAGCUAAGAAGUUUGACAUCAAGAUGGAUGCCAUUCCGAUUCUUGCUGCUAAAGCCAAUCGCAAAAUUGCGAGUGAUGUGGAGUAUAAGAAGGGGUAUGAACAGAGCAAAGGGAAGCUAAUUGGAGCUUUGAGUAUUGAGGACGAUCCCAAAAUGCUACUUUCUCGGAAAGUAGCCAAACAACAGAGCGAUUUAUUAUAUAAGGAAGCAUAUGAAAAGUCAAAAGGAAGAAGCAUUAACUACUGUGAGACUCCAAAAUAUCAGGUCGACAACAUUCUGAAAAACUUCAGCGAGGUUAAAUAUAAAGAAGGGUAUCAGAACGUCUUGGGGCGGUACAUAGGCAGUUAUGAGGACCCGCAUCGAGAACACUGCAUGAAAAUUGAAGCUUUGAAGAGCAAUAAAAACUACAAAGCAGACUAUGAAGAUGAAAAGGCAAAAUGCUACUUUCCACAGACCAUAACUCAAGAAUAUGAAGCCAUAAAGAAACUAGACCAGUGCAAAGAUUAUACCUACAAAAAGCAUCCUGAUAAGGUCAAAUUUACACAAGUGACAGAUUCACCCGUUUUGCUCCAAGCACAGAUUAAUUCCAAGCAGCUGAGUGAUUUGAACUAUAAAGCCAAACAUGAGGCUGAGAAAUUCAAAUGUUCCAUACCUCCAGAUGCCCCUAUGUUUCUCCAGUCCAGAGUCAAUGCAUAUAACAUCAGUGAUAAUUGGUAUAAAUAUGACUGGGACCAAUCGAAAGCUAAGAAAUUUGACAUCAAGAUGGAUUCCAUUCCGAUUCUUGCUGCUAAAGCCAAUCGCAAAAUUGCGAGCGAUGUGGAGUAUAAGAAGGGGUAUGAACAGAGCAAAGGGAAGCUAAUUGGAGCUUUGAGUAUUGAGGACGAUCCCAAAAUGCUACAUUCUCGGAAAGUGGCCAAACAACAGAGUGAUCUUGAAUACAAAAAAGGUUACGAAGUGUCAAAGACCAGGUACACAGCACCACUGGACAUGAUUCCAGUUGUACAAGCAAAGAAAGCACAGGCGAUUAUCAGCGAUACAGACUACAAGCGUGUCCUUCAUAAUUACUCCUAUCCUCCUGAUUGUAUUAGUUUGGAGCUUGCCAAGAAGGCAAAUGUUCUACAGAGUGAUAAUGAAUAUAGAGCUGACUAUAACAGUUGGAUGAAAGGUUGUGGCUGGGUGCCAUAUGGGUCCCUGGAUGCAGAAAAAGCUAAAAGAGCUUCAGAUAUUAUCAGUGAGAGAAAAUAUCGUCAGCAUCCAGACACCUUUAAGUUUACACAAAUUGAAGAUGAUCCUGUUGUAGUACAGGCUAAGAUCAACCAAGCUCAGAGGAGUGAUGUACUUUACAAAGCCAAAAAUGAAGAUGUAAUUCAUAAAUAUCACCUUCCAGCAGACGCACCUCAAUUCAUCCAGGCGAGGGUUAAUUCCUACAAUAUUAGUGACAACUACUACAAACUGGGGUUGGAAGAACUGAUAUCCAAGGGAUAUAACCUGAGAAAUGAUGCUAUUUCUAUCAAAGCUGCUAAGUCUGCUAGACACGCUGCUAGCGAUUUCCAGUAUAAAAAAGACUACGAACUUUCCAAAGGUAAACUGGUUGGCUUCCAGAGCCUCCAAGAUGACCCCAAGUUGGUCCAUUAUAUGAAUAUCGCCAAGAUGCAGUCGGAGCGGGAGUACAGGAAAGCUUAUGAGCAAAGCAAGACUAAAUACAACACUCCAUUUGACAUGUUCAAUGUUGUAGCUGCCAAAAAGGCCCAAGAAAUUGCCAGCAAUACCAAUUACAAGCACUUGUUGCACCAUUACACUUACUUGCCUGAUGCUAUGAGUGUGGGACUGUCCAAACACAUGAUGCAAAUUCAAAGUAAUAAUCUUUACAAGGAUGAUUAUAACAGCUGGAUGAAAGGCAUUGGGUGGAUCCCUAUUGGCUCACUGGAUGUAGAGAAAGCUAGGAAAGCAGGAGACGCUUUGAAUGAGAAGAAGUAUCGCCAGCACCCAGACACCAUUAAAUUUACCAGUGUGGUAGAUUCACCUGUCAUGGUCCAGGCUAAGCAGAAUGCACUUCAGCUCAGUGAUCGGCUCUACAAAUCUUCUGGAGAAGAAAUGAAGCAUAAGUAUCACUUGACUCCAGAUGCCCCUCAGUUUAUCCAGGCUAGAUACAAUGCAGCAAACAUCAGUGAUACCUAUUAUAAACAUGAUUAUCAUGACCUAAUAGCCAAAGGGCACAAUGUACUGGGCGAUUCUAUUCCAAUUACUCUGGCCAAGGCUUCAAGAAACAUCGCUAGUGAUUACAAAUACAAAGAAGCUUAUGAGAAGGCAAGAGGAAAACACGUUGGUUUUAGAAGCCUUCAGGACGAUCCUAAGCUUGUGCAUUCUAUGAAUGUGGCAAAGAUGCAAUCUGAACGUGAGUACAAGAAGGACUACGAGAAGAGCAAGACUUGCUAUCACACACCUGUGGAGAUGGUCAGUAUCCAAGCUGCCAAGCAGGCUCAGGACGUAGCCUCUAAUUCCCACUACAAACACCUGAUCCAUCAGUAUACCUACCUGCCAGAUGCCAUGAGCGUUGGGCUGGCAAGGAACAUGAUGCAAAUUCAGAGUGAUAACGUAUACAAGCAAGACUACAACAGCUGGUUCAAAGGCAUUGGAUGGAGUCCUUUAGGCUCGCUGGAUGUAGAAAAAGUUAGGAAGGCUGGAGAGGCGUUAAAUGAACAUAAAUAUCGGCAACACCCAGACAAAUUCAAGUUCACCAGUUUGAUGGAUUCGAUGCCAAUGGUUUUGGCUAAACAAAACACCAAACAGCUGAGUGAUAUAAGUUAUAAAGUAGAGGGUGAGAAAAUGAAACACAAGUACCACUUGGAUCCGGAUGUUCCUGAGUUUAUUCAAGCAAAAGUCAAUGCCUACAACUUAAGUGAUACUUUUUACAAAGCAGACUGGAAGAAGCUGAUUGCCAAAGGAUACGAUUUGAAGCCAGAUGCCAUUCCUAUAAUUGCUGCAAAAGCUUCACGAAACAUUGCCAGCGAUUACAAGUACAAAGAGUCAUACGAGAAAGACAAAGGAAAGCAAGUUGGCUUCCGUAGUCUGCAAGACGAUCCUAAAUUGGUCCACUAUAUGAAUGUAGCCAAGCUACAGUCAGAGCGUGAAUACAAGAAGGACUAUGAAGGCAGCAAGACGAAGUAUCACUUGCCGCUGGACUUGUUCAGUGUGGUGGCUGCGAAGAAAGCCCAGGAUGUGGUCACUGAAACAAACUACAGACAACAUCUGCAUAAUUACACUCUCUUGCCCGAUGCCAUGAGUGUGGAAUUGUCGAGAAACAGAAUGCAGAUUCAGAGUGACAAUCUUUACAAAACAGAUUUCAAUACCUGGCUGAGAGGAAUCGGUUGGGUGCCAAUUCAGUCCCUGGAAGUUGAGAAGGCAAAGAAGGCUACAGACAUUCUUAGUGAAAAGAAAUACCGUCAGCACCCAGACAAGUUGAAAUACACCAUUGACAUGGAUGCCAUGGAGCAGGUGCUUGCUAAGCAAAAUGCCCACACCAUGAACAAGAGGUUGUACAUUGAAAAAUGGAACAAAGACAAGACUGUCAUUCAUGUGAUGCCUGACACACCGGAAAUACUCUUGUCCAAAGUCAACCAAGUCACCAUGAGCGAUAAACUAUACAAGUCUGGCUUGGAAGAACAGAAGAAGAAAGGUUAUGAUCUGAGGUCAGAUGCCAUCUCAAUAAAAGCAGCCAGAGCUUCCAGGGACAUUGCAAGUGAUUACAAAUACAAGCUGGCCUUUGAGCAAGCCAAGGGGAAGCACAUUGGAUUCCGCAGUCUGGAAGAUGACCCCAAGUUGGUGCACUUCAUGCAAGUUGCUAAGAUGCAAUCGGAGCGUGAAUACAAGAAAGACUAUGAGAAAUCGAAGACCCGGUUCCACACCCCAGUUGACAUGUUCAGUGUGGUGGCAGCCAAGAAAGCACAGGAAGUGGCGACUGAUAUCAAUUAUAGGAAUAUUAUCCACAAUUAUAAUGUUUUGCCUGAUGCUAUGAACCUUGAGUUGGCCAAAAACAUGAUGCAGAUACAGAGUAAUAACCAGUACAAAGCAGAUUAUGAUGAAUUCAUGAAGGGGGUUGGAUGGGUUCCAUUAGGAUCUCUAGAAGCUGAGAAGAAUAAGAAAGCCAUGGAGAUUGUUAGUGAGAAGAAGUACAGACAGCAUCCAGACAAACUGAAGUAUUCUAUUCUAAUGGAUUCCAUGCCCAUGGUCCUGGCUACAAGUAAUGCGAAAAUUAUGGAUGAGCACCUUUACAAAAAGGACUGGGAAACGGACAAGACCAAGAUUCACAUCACAACAGAUAUUCCUGAAAUUAUUUUGGCAAAAGCCAAUGCAUUUAACAUUAGCAAUAAAAUGUACAAACUUUCCAUGGAAGAAGAUAAGAAGAAGGGAUAUGAUCUCAGAGCUGAUGCAAUCCCUAUUAAAGCUGCGAAAGCUUCCCGAGACAUCGCCAGUGAUUACAAAUACAAACUAGGCUAUGAGCAGGACAAGGGUAAGCUUGUUGGCUUCCGCAGCCUUCAAGAUGAUCCAAAGCUUGUCCAUUAUAUGCAAGUAGCUAAGAUGCAGUCCGAUCGUGAGUACAGAAAAGCCUACGAAACCAGCAAGACCAGGUACAACACACCUGCAGAUACUUUCAGUGUCAUGGCUGCCAAGGAAGCACAAGCAAAUAUCACCAACAUCAACUACAAAAGGCUCAUUCACAAAUAUAUCCUCCUGCCAGACUCCGUAAAUGUGGAAUUGGCCAGAAACAUGAAUCGGAUUCAAAGUGAUCAUGAAUACAAGCAAGAUUACAAUGAAUGGUACAAAGGGCUUGGUUGGAGCCCAAUGGGGUCACUGGAUGUUGAAAAGUCUAAGAAAGCCACAGAAAUUGCCAGUGAUUCAAAGUACCGUCAGCAUCCAAGCCGUUACCCAUUUAAGAAGCUGAUGGACUCUAUGGAUAUAGAACUCGCAAAGCAUAAUGCUGGUGUUAUGAAUAAGCAUGCGUAUAUAGAGGCAUGGGAGAAAGAUAAGACGACAAUUCAUGUGAUGCCAGAUACACCGGAUAUUAUGCAGGCCAAAGCAAACAAGUUUAAUUACAGCCAGAAAUUGUACAAACUUGGAUGGGAAGAAAUGUUAAAGAAAGGUUAUGAUCUCACUGCUGAAGCCAUUUCAGUAAAAGCAGCUAAAGCAUCGAGAGACAUUGCUAGUGAUUACAAAUACAAAGAUGGAUAUCGCAAGCAGCUUGGACACCACAUUGGAGCUCGCAGCAUACAGGAUGACCCUAAACUUGUGCAUUCUAUGAAUGUAGCCAAGAUGCAGAGUGAGAGGGAAUAUAAGAAAGACUUUGAGAAAUGGAAGACCAAAUAUACCACCCCUGUGGAUAUGCUGGGGGUUUUAUUGGCCAAGAAUUGCCAGAAACUGGUCAGCGAUAUUGAUUACCGUAAUUACCUGCACCAAUGGACAUGUCUGCCAGAUCAGAAUGAUAUCAUCCAAGCUAAGAAAGCAUACGAAUUGCAAAGUGAUAAUGCAUAUAAAUCAGAUCUUGAGUGGCUUAAAGGUGUUGGAUGGAAUUCGUUCGGGUCUCUAGAGUCAGAAAAGAACAAGAAAGCUUCUGAAAUUCUGAGUGAGAAGAGCUAUCGUCAGCAUCCGGACACUAUUAAAUUCACAAGUAUCCCUGACUCAAUGGAGGUGGUUCUGGCAAAAGAAAAUUCCAAGCAUAGGAGUGAUAGACUUUAUAGAGAAGCUUGGGACAAGGAUAAGACUCAGAUUCAUAUCAUGCCUGACACCCCUGAAAUUGUGUUGUCCAGAGCCAACUUACUUAACACAAGUGAUAAACUCUACAAGUUAGGUUUUGAAGAACUGAGGAAGAAAGGCUAUGACCUUCCACCUGAUGCCAUACCAAUCAAGGCAGCAAAAGCAUCUAGAGAUAUUGCCAGUGAAUACAAAUACAAAGAUGGAUAUCGCAAGCAGCUUGGCCACCACGUGGGAGCCCGCAGCAUACAGGAUGACCCCAAACUUGUGCAUUCUAUGAAUGUGGCCAAGAUGCAGAGUGAGAGGGAAUACAAGAAAGACUUUGAGAAAUGGAAGACCAAGUAUAACAGUCCUGUGGAUAUGCUGGGGAUCUUGCUGGCUAAGAACUGCCAGAAACUGGUCAGCGAUGUUGAUUACCGCAAUUACCUGCACCAGUGGACAUGUCUGCCAGAUCAGAAUGAUGUCAUCCAUGCUAGAAAGGCCUAUGAGCUACAGAGUGAUAAUGCGUAUAAAUCAGAUCUUGAAUGGCUGAAGGGCAUUGGCUGGAUUCCAAGUGGUUCCUUGGAAGCUGAGAAGAACAAAAGAGCCUCCGCAAUCUUGAGUGACCAUCUAUAUAGACAACAUCCUGACACUCUCAAAUUUACUAGUCCUAUUGAUUCCAUGCCUAUGGCUUUGGCAAAACAUAACUCUGAAAUUAUGAACCAUCGCACGUAUAUUGAUGCUUGGAAUAAGGAUAAAAUCAGCAUCCACAUUAUGCCAGAUACUCCUGAAAUUCUACUGUCACAGCAGAACAAAAUCAACUAUAGCGAAAAAUUAUACAAACUUUCAUUGGAAGAGGCCAGGAAGAAGGGUUAUGAUCUUCGAGUGGAUGCAAUUCCAAUCAAGGCUGCUAAAGCUUCCAGAGAUAUUGCAAGCGAGUAUAAAUACAAGGAAGGCUAUCGCAAACAGCUUGGGCACCAUAUUGGAGCACGCAGCGUACAGGAUGACCCUAAACUUGUGCAUUCUAUGAAUGUCGGCAAGAUGCAGAGUGAGAGGGAAUAUAAAAAAGACUUUGAGAAAUGGAAGACCAAAUAUACCACUCCUGUGGAUAUGCUGGGGAUCUUGCUGGCCAAAAAUUGCCAGAAACUGGUCAGUGAGGUCGACUACCGCAAUCACCUGCACCAGUGGACAUGUCUGCCAGAUCAGAAUGAUGUCAUCCAUGCUAGAAAGGCUUAUGAACUACAGAGCGAUAACUGCUACAAGGCAGACCUUGAGUGGAUGAAAGGCAUUGGUUGGGUCCCUAUUGGUUCACUGGAUGUCACAAAAGCGAAGAGGGCUGGAGAGAUCCUAAGUGAAAAGCUGUAUCGUCAGCCACCGAACCAAUUCAAGUUUACCAGUUUGACAGAUUCUCUAGAAAUGGCUUUGGCCAAGCAUAAUGCAGAAACAAUGAAUAAGCGUUUGUACACUGAAGCAUGGAAUAACGACAAGAUUCAAAUCCACAUCAUGCCCGACACCCCUGAAAUCACAUUGGCCAGACAAAACAAGAUCAACUACAGUGAGAGUCUUUAUAAACUUUCCCUGGAAGAGGCGAGGAAGAGAGGCUAUGAUUUGCGAAUUGAUGCAAUUCCAAUCCAAGCUGCCAAGGCAUCAAGAAAUAUUGCCAGUGAUUAUAAAUACAAGGAAGGCUAUCGCAAACAGCUUGGGCACCACGUUGGAGCACGUAGUGUCCAGGAUGACCCUAAACUUGUGCAUUCUAUGAAUGUAGCCAAGAUGCAGAGUGAGAGGGAAUAUAAGAAAGACUUUGAGAAAUGGAAGACCAAAUAUACCACUCCUGUGGAUAUGCUGGGGAUCUUGCUGGCCAAGAAUUGCCAGAAACUGGUCAGUGAGGUCGACUACCGCAAUUACCUGCACCAGUGGACGUGUCUGCCAGAUCAGAAUGACGUCAUUCAAGCUAGAAAGGCCUAUGAGCUACAGAGUGAUAAUUGCUACAAGGCAGACCUUGAGUGGAUGAAAGGCAUUGGUUGGGUCCCCAUUGGUUCACUGGAUGUUGAAAAAGCCAAGAAGGCCGGAGAGAUCCUAAGCGAAAAGCUAUAUCGUCAGCCACCGGACAAAUUCAAGUUUACCAGUGUGACAGAUUCUCUAGAAAUGGCUUUAGCGAAGCAUAAUGCAGAAACAAUGAAUAAGCGCUUGUAUACUGAAGCUUGGGAUAAAGACAAGAUUACAAUCCAUGUUAUGCCAGACACUCCUGAAAUCGUGCUAUCAAAACUCAACAAACUAAACUAUAGUGAGAAAUUGUACAAACUGGCUAUGGAGGAAUCAAAGAAGGAAGGCUAUGACCUGCGUGUGGAUGCUAUCCCAAUUCAAGCUGCCAAGGCAUCCAGAAAUAUUGCCAGCGAUUACAAAUAUAAGGAAGGCUAUCGCAAGCAACUUGGACACCAUGUGGGAGCACGCAGCGUAGAGGAUGACCCUAAAAUUAUGCAUUCUAUGAAUGUAGCCAAGAUGCAGAGUGAGAGGGAAUACAAGAAAGACUUUGAGAAAUGGAAGACCAAGUAUUCCUCCCCUGUGGAUAUGCUGGGGAUCUUGCUGGCUAAGAAUUGCCAGAAACUGGUCAGCGAUAUCGACUACCGCAAUUACCUGCACCAGUGGACAUGUCUGCCAGAUCAGAAUGAUGUCAUUCAAGCUAGAAAGGCCUAUGAACUACAGAGUGAUACUCUUUACAAAUCAGAUCUGGAAUGGCUGAAAGGCAUUGGGUGGAUUCCUUCUGGAUCCUUAGAAAUUGAGAAGGUGAAGAGAGCUGGAGAAAUCCUAAGUGACAGGAAAUACCGGCAACCACCUGAUCAAAUGAAGUUUACCAGCAUCACAGAUUCUUUGGAGAUGGAGUUGGCAAAACAUAAUGCUGAGACCAUGAACAAGCGGUUAUACACUGGAGCCUGGGAUGCUGAUAAAACAACCAUUCAUGUCAUGCCGGAUACUCCAGAGAUUAUGCUGGCAAAGGCAAACUCAGCCAAUAUUAGCCAUAGACUUUACAUCCAAGGAUGGGAAGAGGCUAAGAAGAAAGGAUAUGACCUGAGAGCUGAUGCAAUUCCAAUUAAAUCUGCAAAAGCAUCAAGAGAUAUAGCUAGUGAUUAUCAAUACAAACUAGCAUAUGAGAAGCAGAGAGGGCACUGUGUUGGGUUCCGAAGCGUUGAAGAUGAUCCCAAGAUGAUGUGUUCUAUAAAUGCAGCCAAGAUUCAGAGUGACAGGUUGUACAAGCAAGACUUUGAGAAGUGGAAAACAAAGAUCCAUAGCCCUGUUGACAUGCUGUCAAUCUUGUUGGCUAAGAACUGUCAGAAGUUGGUCAGUGAUGUGGAUUAUCGCCGAUACUUGCAUGAAUGGACGUGCCUGCCAGACCAGAAUGAUGUCAUUCAGGCGAAGAAAGCAUAUGAACUACAGAGUGAUAAUGUGUACAAGUCAGACAUGGAAUGGAUGCGUGGUAUCGGUUGGAUAGCAGAUGGUGCUUUGGAAGUCCUAAAAGUGAAGAAGGCCCAGGAGAUCCUGAAUGACAGACUCUACCGCCAGCGACCAGACACAGUGAAAUUCACCGCUAUUGUUGAUUCCCCAGAGAUUGUCUUGGCUAAGGCCAAUGCUCUACUUCAGAGUGGGGCAUUAUAUCGUGAACUCUGGGAUAAAGAGAAGACGCAGUUCACCCUUCCAGCUGAUACUCCUGAGAUGGUUCUGUCCAAAGCGAAUGCUUUGAACGUCAGCAAAAAACAUUAUCAAUCAGGCUGGGAAGAAGCCAAGAGGAAAGGUCACGACUUAAGAGUGGAUGCUAUUGAAAUCCAGCAUGCCAAGGCUUCUAGAAAUAUUGCCAGCGAGUACAAGUACAAAGAAGGCUACCGCAGGCAACUGGGACACCAUGUGGGAUGCCGGGAUGUCUAUGAUGAUCCCAAGAUGGUCUUGGCUAUUCAUGUGGCCAAACUGCAGAGUGAAAGGGAGUACAAGAAACAUUUUGAGAAGUUUAAGACCAAGUUCAACAGCCCAGUGGACAUGCUGUCCAUCUUGUUGGCCAAGAAGUGUCAGAAGCUGGUUAGUGAUAUUGAUUACCGUCGCUACCUGCAUGAAUGGAUAUGUCUGCCUGACCAGAAUGAUGUCAUCCAAGCCAAGAAAGCCUACGAGCUACAGAGUGAUAAUGUGUACAAAUCUGACCUGGAAUGGCUGCGUGGCGUUGGCUGGAUGCCUGAUGGCUCUCUGGGAGUCCUCCAUGUGAAAAGAGCUCAAGAGCUUGUAAAUGACAGGUUGUAUAAGCAACCUCCAGAUUCACUGAAAUUUACCAGCAUUGCUGACCCACCACCAGUCGUCCUGGCUAAGAUCAAUGCCCAACAGAUCAGUGAACCUCUGUAUCGUGAAGCCUGGGAUAGAGACAAGAUUCAUAUCAAUAUUCCAGCUGACACCCCUGACAUGCUGCUGUCCAAGUUUAACGCUCAGAAUAUAAGCAAUAAACAUUACACUGGAGCCUGGGACGAAGCCAAGGCAAAAGGUUACGACAUAAGAGGGGAUGCCAUUUCAAUCAAGCACGCAAAAGCUUCCAGAGACAUCGCGAGUGAGUACAAGUACAAAGAAACACACGAGAAACAGAAAGGCCACUAUAUUGGAUGCCCUACAGUAAAGGCGGAUCCUAAACUUUCCUGGGCUGCCAAAGUGUUGAAGAUGCAAAAUGACCGGUUGUACAAGCAGGCCUACCACAACUCAAAAGCCAAGAUCACCAUCCCAGUGGAAAUGGUGGCCAUCCAAGCAGCCAAGCAAGGGCAGGCGUUAGUAAGCGAAGUUGACUAUCGCCAUCAUUUGCACCAGUGGUCUUGUCUGCCAGACCAGAAUGAUGUAAUCCAGGCAAGGAAGGCAUAUGAGCUACAGAGUGAUAAUGUGUACAAAUCAGACCUGGAAUGGCUGCGUGGCAUUGGCUGGAUGCCCGAUGGCUCUCUGGGAGUCCUCCAUGUGAAAAGAGCUCAAGAGCUUGUGAAUGACAGGUUGUAUAAGCAACCUCCAGAAUCCCUGAAAUUUACCAGCAUUGCUGACCCGCCACCAGUCGUCCUGGCUAAGAUCAAUGCCCAACAGAUCAGUGAACCUCUGUAUCGUGAAGCCUGGGAUAGAGACAAGACUCAGAUCAAUAUUCCAGCUGACACCCCUGACAUGCUGCUGUCCAAGUUUAACGCUCAGAAUAUAAGCAAUAAACAUUACACUGGAGCCUGGGAUGAGGCCAAGGCAAAAGGUUACGACAUAAGAGGGGAUGCCAUUUCAAUUAAGCAUGCAAAAGCUUCCAGAGACAUCGCGAGUGAGUACAAGUACAAAGAAACACACGAGAAACAGAAAGGCCACUAUAUUGGAUGCCCUACAGUAAAGGCGGAUCCUAAACUUUCCUGGGCUGCCAAAGUGUUGAAGAUGCAAAAUGACCGGUUGUACAAGCAGGCCUACCACAACUCAAAAGCCAAGAUCACCAUCCCAGUGGACAUGGUGGCCAUCCAAGCUGCCAAGCAAGGGCAGGCGUUAGUAAGCGAAGUUGACUAUCGCCAUCAUUUGCACCAGUGGUCUUGUCUGCCAGACCAGAAUGAUGUAAUCCAGGCAAGGAAGGCAUAUGAGCUGCAGAGUGAUGCCGUGUAUAAAUCAGAUCUGGAGUGGCUCCGGGGGGUUGGAUGGAUGCCACAUGAGUCUCCGAUAGUGAAGAGGGUGAAAUUUGCCCAAGAAAUUCUGAGUGACAACAUGUAUCGCACACCUGCUGACCGCCUGAAAUUCACAAACAUCGUUGACACACCAGACAUCCUCCUUGCAAAAACCAAUGCGGAGCAACUCAGUCUCUCUAAAUACCGAGAAGCUUGGGAUAAAGAUAAAACGAUGAUCCACGUAAUGCCAGACACACCUGAAAUCAUGCUUUCCAGGGCUAAUGCUGUCAAUGUGAGCAGAAAACUUUACAGUGAAGCUUGGGAUGACAUGAAGAAAUAUAUUGAUUUGAGAGUAGAUGCAGUCCCGAUCAAGACAGCCAAAGCCUCAAGAGAAAUUGCCAGUGAUUACAAGUACAAAGAAGGCUACCGCAGGCAACUGGGACACCAUGUGGGAUGCCGGGACAUCUAUGAUGAUCCCAAGAUGGUCUUGGCUAUUCAUGUGGCCAAACUGCAGAGUGAAAGGGAGUACAAGAAACAUUUUGAGAAGUUUAAGACCAAGUUCAACAGCCCAGUGGACAUGCUGUCCAUCUUGUUGGCCAAGAAGUGUCAGAAGCUGGUUAGUGAUAUUGAUUACCGUCGCUACCUGCACGAAUGGAUAUGUCUGCCUGACCAGAAUGAUGUCAUCCAAGCCAAGAAAGCCUACGAGCUACAGAGUGAUGCCAUUUAUAAAUCUGACCUGGAAUGGCUCCGUGGAAUUGGCUGGAUGCCAACUGACUCCAUCUCUGUCAACCAUGUCAAGCACGCUCAGGAUAUUUUGAGUGAGAGACAGUAUCGUACAAAAGUUGACAGUCAGCCAUUUACCCCAGUGGCUGAUAGGGUUGAUUACAUCUCAGCCAAACAAGGAGCGGAAAUAUUAAGUGAUAUUAAAUACCACCAGGAAUGGAAUAACAUCAAGACAAAUUAUACACUAACACAGACGCCACAGCUGGAAGCAGCUAAAGAAGCAGCCAGGAUUCUUAAUCAUCAUCUGUACAAGGAUAACUGGGAGAAACAGAAAGCCACUGGUUAUCUUUUGCCUCCUGAUAGCGUGCCUUUCCGCCAUACCAAGCAUUCAAACGAUGUCCAAAGUGAGCUGAAGUACAAGGCAGAUUAUAUCAAGCAAAGAGGCCACUACGUUGGAGUCAACAAUAUGAGAGAAGACCCCAAACUGGUGUGGUUUGAGCAUGCUGGCAAAAUCCAGAAUGACAGACUGUAUAAAGAGGGAUAUCACAAAACCAAGUCCAAAAUCCACAUACCUCCAGAUAUACUGUCUGUCAUUGCAGCCAAAGACUGCCAACAUGUUGUCAGCGAAAUUCCAUAUCGACAUUACCUUCAUGAAUGGACAUGUCACCCUGACCAGAAUGACUGCAUCCAGGCAAGGAAAGCAUAUGACCUCCAAAGCGAUAAUAUUUAUAGAUCUGAUCUGGAAUGGAUCCGUGGUUGUGGUUGGAUUCCUUUAGAUUCAGUGGAGCAUCGGAAAGUAAAGAAGGCUCAGGAUUUGAUAAACAAGAGACUCUACACAAAAGAAGCUCUGGAUAAUUUUGCCAACUUCACGCCUGUGGAAGAUCCUCCGGAUAUUGUUUUGGCAAAGGAACACUCAAUCAUUCAGAGUGAUCUGAAAUACAAAGAAACCUUUAACCUUGAAAAAGGCCACUACAUUGGUUCUGAUGACACUCCAGCCCUGAGUCAUUCUAGAGAUAUGGCUAAACUCUACAGUGAUAUCCUGUACAAGGAUUCAUGGGAAUCAGGAAAGGCCAUUGGGUACACUCUGCCUCCGGACUACAUUCCCAUCGUUGGUGCGAAACAUGCCGAUUAUAUUAACAGUCAGCUUAAAUAUAAAGACGUAUAUGAGAAGCUGAAGGGCCAUUACCUGGCUGGGAAACACAUAAAUGACUUCCCAAGUGUUGUCCAUUCUCUUGCUUUCCAAAAAAUAAGGAGUGCGUUGGCCUACAGGAAGAAUUAUGAGGACACCAAGGCCGACAUUCAUAUCCCAAGUGACAUGAUAAAUCAUGUGCUGGCUAAGAAAUGCCAAUAUAUCCUCAGCGAUCUUGAAUACCGAACUUACCUGCACCAGUGGAACUGUUCACCUGAAGAACAUGAUGUUAUUCUGGCUAGAAGAGCCCAGGAAAUUCUAAGUGAUGUUAUAUACAAGGAUGACUUAACAUGGCUGAAGGGAAUUGGGUGCUAUGUGUGGGACACCCCCCAAAUCCUGCAUGCUAAGAAGUCUUAUGAUCUUCAGAGUCAACUGCUUUACACAAAAGCAGGAAAAGACAAUUUAAAGAACUAUGGUGUGGUUAUGGACACUCCAGUUUAUGUAACGUCCAUCCAGAGUGGCAUCAAUGCUAGCGAUGUGAAAUACAAAGAACACUACCAUAAGACGAAGGACCAAUACACCACAGUGUUGGAAACAGUAGAUCAUGAAAGGACUAAGAAUCUCAAGCAUCUUUUCAGUAGCAACCUGUACAAGGAUGCCUGGGAGAAAGUGAAGGCCACCACUUUCACAUUGCCGCCUGAUGCCGUGCCUUUCGUUCGUGCGAAAGAAUUGAAGCAUAAUGCCAGUAUUGUGAAGUAUCGGGAGGAAUAUGAUCGGUUUAAAGCGCUUUACACUCUUCCUAAAGGUGUUCAGGAUGAUCCCAACACUGCAAGAUGCCUAAGAGUUGGCAAAUUUAAUAUUGAUCGCUUAUACAGAGAAACCUAUGAAAAGAACAAGGCCAAAAUCCAUAUAGCACCAGACAUGGUGGACAUUGUGUCGGCGAAGAGCACUCAGAAGAAAGUCAGUGAAGUUGAUUAUCGCAUCCAUCUCCACGAGUGGGCCAACAUCGCAGACCUUCAUGCCAACGCUCUUGCUCGAAAAGUCAAUGACCAACUUAGUGAUGUUGUCUACAAAGAUGAUCUCAACUGGCUCAAAGGCAUAGGUUGCUUUGUCUGGGACACUCCUGAGAUUCUCCACGCCAAACAUGCCUAUGACCUUCGUGAUGGUUUCAAAUACAAGGCACAGGCGAAGAAAAUGGAGAGCAAAUACACUGUGGUCACAGACACACCUCUCUAUGUGCAAAAUGUCCUGAGUGGCAUGAAUCUGAGUGAAGCUGUUUACCGCCAUGACUAUGUGCACAAUAUCAAAGGGAAAUAUACUCCAACAGAUAAGACAGUGGAUUUGGAGCGGGCAAAUAAUGCCUACAGGAUACAGCAUGAAGGUCUGUACCGAAAGGCUGGUUUGCACGCACUUCCCACUGGAUAUAAACUCCCACCAGAUACCCCUGGUUUCAAGCAUGUUAAACAUGCCCAGCGCAUUGGCAGUUAUCUAAAAUAUAAGGAAGUCUAUGAACAUCUCAAGGCUAAAGGUUACAAUUUUGGACCCAAAGCUGUUCCGUUUGUAACUACAAGGAAAGUCAAUAAAAUUCUCAAUGAGAGGUUGUAUCGGGAGGUAUAUCACAAAAAUAAGGAUAAGAUACAUACCACACCUGAUACACCACACAUCCGCCAAGUGAAAACGAACCAAGAAUCCGUCAGUGAUCUGAUCUACAAGACUGACUUCUUCAAGAUGCAGGGGCACCUGAUAUCUUUGCCGUAUACUCCUCAGACAAUGCACAGCCGUUACGUUGGAGAGAUUACGAGCGAUGUUAAAUAUAAAAGUGAUCUACAGUGGCUGAGAGGCCUAGGCUGCUUCCUGUAUGAUACUCCCGAUAUGGUCCGUGCUCGGCAUUUACGCAAGCUCUGGUCUAAUUAUGUCUAUACUGAUACUGCAAAGAAGAUGCGAGAUAAAUAUCGCGUUGUUCUAGAUACUCCUGUGUACAGGAACAUCCAGGAGCUAAAGACCCAUUUGAGUGAACUCGUAUACAGAGCUGCAGGCAAAGAACAAAAGACCAAGUACACAUCUAUCCUUGACACACCAGACUUCAAUAGGGCCAAAAGAGGGCAGAAACUACAGAGUCAGUACUUGUACGUGGAACUUGCCACCAAGGAAAGACCUCAUCACCAUGCUGGAGAUCAGACACCUGCCUUGAAACUUGCUAAGCAUGUGAAGGACUUUUCUAGUGAGAAAAAGUACAAAGCCCUGUAUGAUAAGCUGAAGCACAAGUAUGUAACUAUCCCCGACACACCAAUCCUCAUCAGGGCUAAGAAGGCCUACCUGAAUGCUAGUGAUCUGCGCUACAAAGAAACUUUUGAGCGAGCAAAGGGUAAAUACCACACAGUGAAAGAUGCCUUGGAUAUUGUGUAUCAUCGCAAGGUCACUGAUGAUAUCAGCAAAGUGAAAUAUAAAGAAAAGUACAUGAGCCAAUUAGGAAUCUGGAGAUCGAUCCCAGACCGGCCAGACCACUUCCACCAUCGUGCAGUCACCGAUGCAGUCAGUGAUUUUAAAUAUAAGGAAGACUUAACAUGGCUCAGAGGCAUUGGUUGUUAUGCAUGGGAUACUCCUGACCUCCUUCUUGCCGAAAAGAAUAAGACACUGUACAGUCCGUGUAAGUACAAGGAAUCGUUUGAAAAGAUAAAGUCAAAGUUCAAGUAUGUUGCUGACACUCCAAUUAAUAGGCAUUUUAAAUAUGCUACUCAGUUGAUGAAUGAGAAAUUGUACAAAUCCGAUUAUGAGAAGAAGAAGGAUAAGUAUUCCCUUGUGGUGGAUGAUCCUAAAACCUUGCUGGCCAAAUGGGGAGGCGAACUAAGCAGUCAGUACAAGUACAAAAGGCUGUACGAAAAGCAGAAGGACAAGUUCACAAGUAUUGUGGAUACUCCAGAACAUCUGAGGACUACAAAAGUCAACAAGCAAAUCAGUGAUAUCCUUUACAAGCUGGAAUACAUCAAGGCCAAACCAAAGGGAUAUACUACAAUUCAUGAUACCCCCAUGAUACUCCACGUACGAAAAGUCAUGGACAGAAUAAGUGAACUAAAAUACAAAGAAGUCUACCAACAGAAUAAGUCUCACUGCAACGUUGUACCAGAUUCUGUUCAUAUAAAGGCUGCCAAGCAGGCCUACAAAGUAAACAGCAAUCUGGAUUACAAGAAGAAAUAUGAAGCAGCCAAGGCUCACUGGCACUGGACUGUGGACAGACCUGAUUUCAUCCAAGCUGCCAAAACAUCUUUGCAACAGAGUGAUUAUGAAUACAAACUUGACCGAGAGUUCCUCCGAGGAUGCAAGCUGUCUGUAACAGAUGACAAAAACACUGUGUUGGCCUUGCAGAAUGCAAUCUUGGCGAGUGACUUAAAAUAUAAGGAGAAGCAUAACAAGGAAAGAGGAAUUAUCCAUCCAGUUCCAGACACUCCUCAGAUCCUUCUGGCAAAGACUGUUAGCGCUCUUGUGUCUGAGAACAAAUACAAAGAACAUGUAAAGAAGCACCUUCCACAUGGCUCCUUUACAAAACUGCCCGAAACACGCGAUACCAUUCAUGUCAAAAAAGUAACCAAGGAUGUCAGUGAGUUAAAUUAUAGAAAGAAGUUUCGGAAAGAGAAAGGCAAGUCAGACUAUUCAAUCAUGCUGGAACCACCUGAUGUGAAGCAUGCCAUGGAAGUUGCAAAGAAUCAGAGUAAUCUCCAAUACAAAAAAGAUGCCAAAUCAAAGCUCCAUUACACGAGUGUGGCUGAUCGUCCAGAUAUUAAGAAAGCCACCCAAGUCUCCCAUUUAGUCAGCGAUAUUGAGUACAAAACCAAAGCUCGGUAUGGAGAAGCUGGUAUGGGGGUUAGCAUGCUCGGACGUCCAGAUAUUGAGCUUGCUAAGGAGGUGUCCAAACUUACAAGCCAGGUGAAAUACAAAGAGAAGUUUGACAAAGAGAAGGGAAACAGGCCACAAUAUGACCUGAAGGAGAGCAAGAUCUACAAGUCCUUAAAAGAUGCUCAUCACAUCGCUAGUGAGGUUAAAUAUAAGGCAGACCUGAAGAAACUUCACAAGCCAGUGACAGACAUGUCUGAAUCUCUCUCGAUGCAUCACGUCUUGAACACCAGCCAGCUCGCCAGUUCUUACCAGUACAAGAAGCAAUAUGAGAAGAGUAAAGGUCACUACCAUGUGGUUCCAGAUAACCUUGAACAGGUCCAUCUAAAGGAGGCCUCGGAACUCCAGAGCAUAGUGAAGUACAAGGAAAAAUAUGAAAAGGAAAGAGGGAAGCCCAUGCUAGACUUUGAAACACCAACAUACAUCACUGCUAAGGAGUCUCAGCACAUGCAAAGCGAGAAAGAAUAUAAAAAAGACUUUGAAGAGUACAUUAAGGGCAGGAACCUUACCGGUCUGGAGAUUACGCCAUCUUUAUUGCAUGUCAGAUAUGCCACCAAAAUAGCAAGCGAGAAAGAAUAUAGGAGAGAUUUGGAAGAAGGUGUGAGAGGUAAAGGUCUAACCAUCUUGGAAGAGACCCCAGACUUAAUCAGAGCAAAGAAUGCAACUUAUAUCUUGAAUGAGAAAGAAUACAGGAAAGCUCUGGAGAUGGAAAUCAAAGGAAGAGGCCUGACAGACCUUUCACUGGAAACACCUGACUAUAUGAGGGCAAAGAAUGCCACAGACAUUGCUAGCCAGAUUAAAUAUAAGCAUUCUGCAGAAUUGGAAAAAGCCAACUAUACCUCUGUUGUUGACACUCCAGAUAUCAUCCAUGCUCACCAUGUGAAGAACUUCUCAAGUCAGAAAAAGUAUAAGGAAGAUGCAGAGAGAACUAUGUCAUAUUACGAAACUGUUCUAGACACACCUGAAAUGCAGAGAGUCCGGGAGAACCAAAAGAACUUUAGCAUGCUGCAGUACCAACAUGAUCUACAGGACAGCAAAGGAAAAGUCACGGUUGUAAAUGAAACACCGGAAAUACUACGGGUUAAGGAAAACCAAAAGAACUUUAGCACGAUUUUAUAUAAAGAAGAUAUUGGAACAGGAACAGCUAUUGAAAAGACGCCCGAGAUGCAGAGAAUUAAACAAACCCAGGAUGCAAUAAGCACGAUUAAGUACAAGGAGCUCAUUGGAAAAGGAACUCCGAUUUCUGAUCUUCCUGAAGUAAAACGUGUCAAGGAGACACAGAAGCACAUCAGCUCGGUUCAGUACAAAGAGAAUGCAGGGCAAGGAACCCCGGUACCUGUUACUCCAGAGAUAGAGAGAGUCAAACGCAAUCAAGAACACAUUAGCUCGGUGUCCUACAAAGAAAACUUGGGGGCAGGAAUGGCAACUCCUGUUACCCCGGAAAUGGAAAGAGUCAAGCGUAAUCAGGAGAACAUUAGCUCGGUGUUGUACAAAGAGAAUUUAGGGACUGGAACCCCAACACCUAUUACUCCAGAGAUGGAGAGAGUCAAACGCAAUCAAGAAAACUUUAGCUCGGUGUUGUACAAAGAGAAUUUAGGGACUGGAACCCCAACACCUAUUACUCCAGAGAUGGAGAGAGUCAAACGCAAUCAAGAAAACUUUAGCUCGGUGUUGUACAAAGAGAAUUUAGGGACUGGAACCCCAACACCUAUUACUCCAGAGAUGGAGAGAGUCAAACGCAAUCAAGAAAACUUUAGCUCGGUGUUGUACAAAGAGAAUUUAGGGACUGGAACCCCAACACCUAUUACUCCAGAGAUGGAGAGAGUCAAACGCAAUCAAGAAAACUUUAGCUCGGUCCUAUACAAAGAAAACCCAGGGACAGGGAUAGCAACUCCUGUCACUCCUGAGAUUGAAAGAGUCAAACACAACCAAGAAAUCUUUAGCUCGGUGUUGUACAAAGAAAAUGUAGGGAAAGCAACCCCGACUCCCGUCACUCCAGAGAUGGAGCGAGUCAAACGCAAUCAAGAACACAUUAGCUCGGUCUUGUACAAAGACGAAGUGGGGAAAGGUACCCCUACACCUAUCACUCCUGAGAUGGAGAGAGUCAAACGCAAUCAAGAACACAUUAGCUCGGUCUUGUACAAAGAGGGAUUGGGGAAAGGUACCCCUACACCAAUCACUCCUGAGAUGGAGCGAGCCAAGCGCAAUCAAGAGUUCAUUAGCUCGGUUUUGUACAAAGAAAAUUUGGGGCGAGCAACCCCGACACCUGUCACUCCAGAGAUGGAAAGAGCCAAACGCAAUCAAGAAAACAUUAGCUUGGUAUUGUACAAAGAAAACUUGGGAAAAGGAACCCCGACAUCUGUCACUCCAGAGAUGGAGAGAGCUAAACGCAAUCAAGAAAACAUUAGCUCGGUUCUCUAUUCUGAUAGUUUCCGGAAACAAGUACAAGGUAGAGCCGCCUUUGUCCUGGAUACCCCUGAAAUGAGACGCGUUCGGGAGUCACAACGACACAUUUCCACAGUGAAAUACCAUGAAGACUUUGAAAAGAGCAAAGGCAGCUUCACUCCUGUCGUUACCGACCCCAUAACAGAACGUGUAAAGAAGAACAUGCAAGACUUCAGUGAUAUUAACUACAGAGGCAUUCAGAGACGAGUAGUGGAAAUGGAGCGGAAAAGGGUAGACCAGGAUCAAGAACUGAGCAACCUCACAGGUCUUCGCGUGUGGCGUACUAAUCCUGGAUCUGUCUUUGAUUAUGACCCAGCAGAAGACAACAUUCAGUCGCGAAGCUUACACUUGAUUUCUGUCCAAGCCCAACGACGCAGCCGAGAGCAAUCCCGCUCUGCCAGUGCGCUCAGCGUCAGCGCUGGCGAUGAAAAAUCGGAACAUUCAGAGGCUGCCGAUCAGCACCUGUCAUACUACAGCAACGGAGGCUUCUUUCCCUCAACAGCAACAGUGGAGUACAAACAUGCUAAAACUGUAGAGCUGCCGCAACAAAGAUCCUCUUCUGUUGCCACCCAGCAGACCACAGUGUCUUCUAUCCCUUCUCAUCCUUCUACUGCAGGGAAGACGUACCGUGCUGUCUAUGACUACACAGCAGCAGAUGCGGAUGAAGUCUCCUUCAAAGAUGGCGACGCAGUUGUCAAUGUCCAAGCCAUUGACGAAGGCUGGAUGUACGGGACUGUGCAAAGAACAGGCAAAACGGGCAUGCUUCCAGCCAACUAUGUAGAAGCAGUUUAAGCCAAAAAAAGAAGCAACCUCCCAUAAGGCAUAUUGACGUGGACAAUAAAAAGGCACUUUACACAACAUCUCUCCACUAUAACCCUUAACACACUCUCUCUAAUGCCUUAUAGUUUUGCUCUGUUGGUAUGGAUUAGGCAUUGCCUGUCAUACAAAAUGUUCCACAAACAUUCUCCAACAGAACCAAAUUCUUAAGAUUCUAGUCACAAAACAAGGGGGAAGUGUCAACCUACAAGCCUCUACCACUGCUUUGGAUUGACUGGACUUGCACAUUCAACCCAGAGCUGUUUGACUCUCACUCCAAGGUGUUAUCACAUUUUUGUAUGGAAUCAAAUUGAAUUUCCACCCUAAUCAUUUUUUUAAUGGAACAUCUAACUGUGUUGGUUUUAAUGGUUUUCUUAUCAAGAGACGUAGCGUUCUCCUGUGAUAUUCUAAAAAUAGCUGAAUGUAUUUAUUAAUUUUUCAAGUAACCAACUAUGUAAAGCUAACAACUCAAACCAGGCAAAUUGUAGAAAAGCCUCUCCUUUUGUCUUAGAGAACGCUGGUGCAUGCCUUUUUCAUCUGCGUGUUCUUGGAUCACAGUGGUUAUUCCCUCUCAAAUUAGUGACUAAUAAAUUUCAUGUUUCUGCAAA